AACUCUGUAUUUUUUGACAGAAUAUAAAUAGAUGGGGGAAAAUGGUUUGAAAAUCAAUAAGGUCGAACACUUAAUUAUUGGUAUCCUGUAAGCUUUGUAUAGUGUAAAAUUCUGUAAAGGUACAAUGUUAGAUUUAAUGGGUCUUUAAAUCUGCAGAAAUGUGUAUUGUUGUUUACUCCGUCGCGGUCUCCGUGCUUCGAUGCACAUGGAUAUUUAUCGAACAGCUAAAAUGCAGGAAGUUCUUUGUCUCGUUGUACAAGACUUCCUUGUUAGGAAAAAGACGACAAUGAUCUAGAUUAGAGUUUAAGAAACACGAGGACACUCUCAAGAUAAAAUUAUGGGCGGACAUUGUUGUAGGUGUUGCUCCUUUCAAGAACGGAAUGAUGAAAAUAUUUUUGACUUUAUUCGAUCCCUAAGCCAGCUGCAACCGGUAGAGAAUGUCGGCUCCGUGACGUCUCAAGCUAGUAAUUCAUUAGAGUCCCUAGGAUCACCGUCUUGGCUUUCAUUUGAAGGAGAAGCAGACAACGUCAUUGAAAACGUGUUUAUCGGAGAUGAAACUACUUGUUUUGUUUGCCUUGAAAACUACAACGACAGACAAAAUCAACCUAGAAUCAUGCCUUGUGGCCAUAUCGUUUGCAACCAGUGCCUUACCGGUUUAGCAAAGACGCUUCUGUUUACCGAGAUUAAAUGCCCACAAGAUCGCCAAGUUUAUAAGGUGAAACGAAGACGCAGAAGAGGUGAAGAAAUUCAACCACCUGCUAAUUCUGAUAAUGAAUCGCUGGUCCAAGAAGAUGUUCAAAUAGUACCAGAUGUUCAGUCAUUAUCGAUACGUCGUUUAUCAAGUUCGAAUUCAAGCACAGGUGGUGAAAUCGAGUCCUUGAAUUCAACUAUCGUUAGCGGAGAACAAUUUUCCUUAUUUGCUAAUUAUCAGCCAUCCAUUCCCUCUCGUGUAACUUCCAUUUCACGAUCUUCUACAAAUGCAGAGUAUGGGAGUGAGAAAACUGAGGACAGUGUACCAUCAUUUGUGGAAAGUAUUUGGGGAUCAAAUUCUACUGCAACGAGAAAGCGUCAUCGGGAUGUACACACCGAAAAUUUUUAUACCAAUUUUUACGACGAACCGUUACCAGACUAUCCUAUAAAUUCGAGUGAUGAUGAAGAUUCUUGUAUAUGAUUCUGAUGUUCGUAUCAUUAUUGUGUUGUCAGCAUCCCUAUCAUAAAAGUUUCGGUUGUAUGAA